AUGGCACGCUUGUCAGGUCUUCAGCGUGAGGUUCUGUCAUUAUACCGCAAGUGUCUUCGCGAAACACGAAAGAAGCCUGCUCAGGAUGUGAGGCCAAAUUUCCUUCAAUUUACUCGAUCAGAAUUCCGUGAACACAAAGACUAUGACAAGAAGGACUUUAGUGCCAUCGAGUACAUGCUUCGAAAGGGCCAACGGCAACUGGAAAUUUACUCGUCCCCUGGAAUCCGAAAUGUCAUGAAGUAG